ACAGCAGGUGGCGUAACGAGCGGAAACUGUUUCACAACGAUACACGAAAAGAAGAAGAAGCUUCGCCAGUUUCCGCUUGAGCUCAGCAGUGUGUUCAGUGUGGUUUUACCUGAAAUUAUUAAUCAUGGACAUACGACCGAAUCACACUAUCUAUAUCAACAAUGUCAAUGAUAAGAUCAAGAAAGAAGAGCUGAAGAGAUCACUGUACGCCUUGUUCUCCCAGUUCGGCCAGGUUAUGGACAUUGUUGCGAUGAAGACUAUGAAGAUGAGGGGUCAGGCGUUUGUUAUCUUCAGAGAGCUCGCUGCAGCCACCAAUGCCCUCAGACAGCUUCAGGGCUUCCCUUUCUACAACAAACCCAUGCGAAUCCAGUAUGCAAAAACAGACUCGGACCUGAUCUCUAAGAUGAGAGGCACGUAUGGAGAUAAAGAAAAGAAGAAAGAGAAGAAAAAGAAGGCUCUGGAACAGGCCGCCAAUGUAAAUAAGAAGCCAGCGGACGCUGUGAACACACAACCUCCUCCACCCGCCACAGUCCAGGUCCCUGACAACCCACCGAAUUAUAUUCUGUUCCUGAAUAAUCUCCCGGAGGAAACCAAUGAGAUGAUGCUCUCCAUGUUAUUCAACCAGUUUCCAGGGUUUAAAGAAGUGCGUCUGGUUCCUGGAAAGCACGACAUUGCGUUUGUGGAGUUUGAGGGUGAGGCUCAAGCCGGAGUCGCGAAGGAUGCUUUACAGGGCUUCAGAAUCACAGCCACGUGUGCCAUGAAAAUCACAUAUGCUAAAAAAUGAGCUGGCUCACACUCACUGGACUCUGAGACUUUGAUCAGGGGAUCCUCUUCUUUACAUUCAGAAUCAUCUUUUAACAAACAUGUUUGUUCAAUGACUGUUUAGUAUUGUUUUGCUUUUGUAUGGGAAUGAGUUGGUCACUGAGGACAGAUCUUUAUUUUGUAUUGUGGACUAAUAAAAUUAGCCUUUAAAAUAAA